UGGUGGAUCCACGACUAUUAAUCCAUAUUCAACUAACACCAGAAGAUGGCGGUAAUGAACUGAUGCAAGCUGCCGUUUAGAGAAGUGUCCCAUGUCAGGCAGGGCGUGUUGCUGUCUGAGCUCUAGCUAGCAGUUUCUUGUCAGACGGGGGCCAGGCCAAACAGUCGUCUUUUUAACACUGGGCGGACCCAUGUUUAAUCUAUAGUAGAUAUGGAUUUCGACGCUUUAUUUAACGAAAAGACAUUUCAGUUUUCGGACUUCCAGGAGUUCACGUUUCUUCCAGGACACCAGAAGUUGAGUGAACGUGUGAGAAAGCGACUGUAUUAUGGCCUGGACAAAGACGUUUCUUUAGAUGGCCUCUCUUGCCCUGUUACAGAUAUCGCUGUUGAAAUCUUCCAGAAGUCUGCCCCAAGCCCAAUACGAAAGCUUCAGAAGAAGUAUGCUGCUCAUGUUUCCAGGGAGGCCUGCAUUUCACCAUGUGCCAUGAUGCUGGCUCUAGUUUACAUAGAAAGGCUCCGACAUAGAAACCCUGAAUACCUACAAAAGAUCUCCUCCUCUGACCUCUUCCUGAUCUCCAUGAUGGUUGCUAGCAAGUACCUGUACGAUGAAGGGGAGGAAGAAGAGGUUUUCAACGAUGAGUGGGGAGCGGCUGGGAAGUUGGACGUCAAAACUGUCAAUAACCUGGAGAUGAACUUCUUGAAUGCCAUUGAGUGGAGCCUCUUCACAGAGCCAAAUGACUUAUUUGAUAUACUAAGUCAACUGGAAACCAGCAUUGCAGAGCGGCAGGGGAUGAAGCGUGGCUGGUUCACCUACACUGACCUCUGUGUGCUACUGGAGCAAUCGGCAUGGAGUCAAGCCCUCACAGCCAUCUAUCAGCACUUUACCAAGGUUUCGUGUAUGCUCGGCCUCGUCUAUCUGACCAGUGUGGCUGGCCUUAUUGCCACCAGCGCUGUGCUGCACCAGCUCAGUCUCUCUCGGAGCAGCCAGUCCCUGCUUCUACCUCCAGCUGAGAUCAGUCCGGACCUCUCCAACCAAAAUGCAGAAGCUCCUUCUCCAGCCCUGCACCUCCCCCCCUGUGUUCUGGCCAACAACAGUCUGAACCAUCAGCCCGGUGCAAUUGAAACCGGCCAGGACCACGGACAAAGCCCCCCCUCGGUAUCCUCACAGACAUCAAUAUUGUGUCUCUGGGGCUCCAUGCUUGCCUCAAUGGGUCACAUACAUCCUGAAACAGAUUCUGAUAUGGAAGCUCCCCAAACCUGGUCUCCUGUCUUCUUCUUCUGUCCUGGUUGUCUUGCAUCCCUCCGUCCUCUUCAAUGCAGGCUUAGAAACACCUCAACACUCUUUGCUCAUGGCUCUUUUGAUAACCAUCAUGCAACAUGGCUGGCUUCCAGCCUCCUUGGAUGGCCAGAACCAGGUCUAAACUCUCGCUACACUCCGCCUAUACAGCUGGGUUCCUGCCAUCCGGAGUCUAUGUUGCCGGUCGACAAAGCCCAAGCUCUGCUCAUGCCCGGUUAGUCACUGGCAAACUCCACCCGUCAAGCUGUGGUAAUGGACUCUGGAAAUUAAACCAACACUGAUUUCAUGACUCAACAACUGCCUCAAGUCAUGUUACUUUUCCAGAUCUAGAGUACAGGUGCAAAGGCCAGAGUAAUUAGCCACAGACAGAGGAGAUUUUGAAAAUUCACUUAUCGCUCAGCGCUGCAGAAUCCAUUUGCCACAACUAAAAUGCCAUAGUGUCCGUUGCUCUGCAACUUGUUUUAAACAAAGAAAUGGAAGCUAGUUUUUCUUGGCUGCAACCCAAAUAUUUUGCUACCCACAUUUAUCAUUGUUUGAAAGUUCAGACUGGGAUGUAGGGCCUUUUGUGAUGGGUUUUGAGUUACUAUAUUACAGCUGUAAUAUUAAAGCUGCUUGCUACUUGGCAAGUUGAUGAAAGUGUGUGUGUGUGUGUGUGUGUGUGUGUGUGGAGGUUUUCACAGCGUAUCUAAAAGUUGAGUUUCACAGUAAGUGUGUUUUUAGUGAUUGGGCUCUGUGAGAAGAAGGGACUAAACCAGUUUACUUACAGUCAUUUUGGCUUAUCCAUAUUUGCUUAGGGUUACAACUUAUAUUUCAUCUAUGCAUAAGCAGCUUUACAUCGGGCACUUGUCAUACACAUGCAGCAAGCACUGAUAUUGUACACCAAAUAGUUUCUGUUUGUGGAUCAAAUUAAUUGCCUCCUGUCCUCAAACUUUCCUUUUUCUUUAUUCAAAAAAAAAAGGAACCGGACAGUUUGAAUGGAGACACUGUCUCCAUACCUCAGUGUAACGGUCAUUGACCACACAGAAAUCAAUAACAUCAACUCCUUAUUUUGUUCAUUUUUACUAAAAAGUCUCAUUUUCUUUACUGUCAAUAAUUGCCAGAUUCUAUGUGGCAACACAUAACCUUAAAGCCACUUCUCUGUCACAGGGUUGUGUAUCCAGGUGAGAUUCAAGAGAUCAGUUUCCCUUUCUCCAAUGGGGAAGGUCUGCAGAAAGGAUGGGCUCCUGCGGUUUAUGCGAUAUGUAUUUGGUUUCGGGUUGGGGUUUUUGAGGGAACAUACUAAACAUGUUACAGGCUAAGAACCAUGUUUUUUUUGUGGGUGCGGUCUGACAUUUGCACAUCUGGCUCCAUUUUCACGGCAGCAGGACAUUUCACUCUAUUGUCGGGCAUUGCCCCGUGCAUCUUUUAACCACAGAGGUCUACAUGGUCCCCAGGACAUUUAUUUUGUAAUUGAACCUUUUGUCUAAUUGUUCUGAGCAUCUGAAUUUGAUACAGCACAAAGUCCUUUAAUUUUGUACAUUGUGUAAAAUACAAAUACUGUACAAAUCUGUAGAAAAACCAAGAAUCUAAUAAAGGAUGCAUUUCUUUG